AUGAAUAGCGUUGAAAAAUCAAAUAGGACAUUUAAAGUGAAUAAGAGUAAGUACAAUUCUAUAUUAAUAGGCAUGAACCUAGAUUUCCAUGUGCUUGUGGUUGUAUAUGCAAGCUGUUUAAUAAAUGGGUACUUGGACACUCCAGCAGAGCUACCAGGGAUGAAGAAUAUAAGACUAAAAGAUUGCCCAAGCUUCAUUAGAACAACAAACCCAGAUGAUUUUAUGCUCAAGUUUAUGAUGGAUGCUGUAAAAGAAACUUCUAAAGCUUCUGGAAUCAUCUUAAACACUUUUGAUUCAUUUGAACAAGAAGUGAUAGAUUCUUUAUGUUCUAUGCAAGAUUUACCUCCUAUUUAUACAGUGGGCCCUCUUGAACUUCUAAUCAACCAAAUAAUCCCUAAAGAUGAUCCCUUAAGAUCUAUCAAAUCAAAUCUAUGGAAAGAGAAAAUUUGCAUGGAAUGGUUAGAUGCAAGAAAGCCUAAUUCAGUUGUGUUUGUGAACUUUGGAAGUAUUACUACAAUGACACAUGCCCAACAUAUAGAAUUUGCAUGGGGAUUAGCUAAUAAUAAUAAGCAUUUUUUAUGGGUUAUUAGGCCUGAUAUAGUGACAGAUGAGAAUGCUCCUUUUUUACCUCAAGAUUUUUUGAAUGACACUAAGGAAAGAGGUUUAUUGGUUAGUUGGUGUUCUCAAAGGGAAAUCCUUAAGCAUAAGGCAAUAGGAGGGUUUUUGACUCAUAGUGGUUGGAAUUCGACUCUGAAAAUUGUUUGUGGAGGGGUGCAUGUGAUAAGUUGGCCUUUUUUUACGGAGCAACAAACUAAUUGUCGAUAUAGUUGUGUCGAGUGGGGGAUAGGGAUGGAGAUAGGGAGUGAAGUGAAGAGAGAUGAGAUUGAGAAGUUGGUGAGGGAAUUAAUGGAGGGAAUGAAGGGGAAGGAAAUGAAAAGGAGAAUAAUGGAGUGGAAAAGUAAGGCUCAAGAGGCUACUAAGGUUGAAGGAUCUUCUUAUAAGAACUUGGUGAAGUUGAUUGAGGAAGUUAUUAUUGUGCCACAUAAUUAA